AUGUUCUUGAACACAGCAUCUCCCAGGAGGUCGUUCACCGUCCCCAUUAACAUCAACCUGCAGGGUGCUCGCAGGCGGCAGACACGGGAUUUCGCCCACACAGCGCCCACGCAGGAGCAUGAGUGGAGAAGAGGUGUGGAUGGACGCGGGGGUCAGCGAGCUCGCACCCUGCCAGUGUCAAGUGUCGGGGAGGACAGAGCCAUCCUGCUGGGCUUCACCAUGAUGGCCUUCUCUGUGCUCAUGUUGUUUGUGGUCGGCACCGCUAUAGUCAAACCUUAUGUUAACAGUAACUGGGAGGAGGAAACCAGCUGUGUGCUGCUGUAUACUGUUGUCCUGAAGGAGUGGGUGGACUGCAGAGGCGUGAGCACUGUGCCGUGCCUCAGGGUGACAGUUAACCUCACAGCCUCCAACCAGAGCGCUUUUCUACACUUUGACGAGGAGUCGGUCCUUCUUGCUCCUGAGUGUUUCUACAUACCCAAAUGUCGGAUGGACUGGACGGAACUUCAAGAUGAAGUCCAGAAAGUAAAAAACACGUUGGACACUUACCUCGGGAACACCUCAUCUUGCUUAACUGACCUCACAAGGCACCCGAGGGACGUCAUCCUGAGCAGGAAGUACACUUUGAGGAAGACCUUAUUUGCAUUGAUGUGGCCCGGUCUGAUGCUGGGUGGCGGAGCUCUGCUGGUGGGCCUCGUGAAGCUGACACAGUACUUAGCUCAGCUGUCCUCUGAGAUGUGCAGUGAGAUUGCAGAGGGCAAGCUGAUUUCAAGAUACACUCAGGGCAACCUGUAUAAACUCAUGCGGCGAUCCAGUGUGCAGUCUCCCACAUGUAAUAACUAG